UCAGGUCAUUUCAGUGUGUUAUGACGUGUAAUUUGCUUUUUGUUUUGUGCGAGUUUACAAUAAAAGUAAAACCAAAAUCGUUUUUAAUUUAAUUGCCAUUUGAUUUAAAUCAGUGUAAAUAGGCGUACACUACAUUCUGAAUUAAUGUGAUCUUUAUGUGGACACGGUGAACAGAAUUUUAUUCUAAGAUAACAAAGUUCCGGCUUAUAAUUUAUUGUAUUUUUUAAUCAUUUUUACUGAAUAUCACUUAAAAUGUGUGGUUCCGAUAAGAAACUUGGAGAAAUUAGAGCACUUAUAUUAGUAGGAGGCUAUGGGACACGGUUAAGACCUCUGACAUUGAGUAGACCAAAGCCCCUUGUUGAGUUUGCUAAUAAACCGAUUCUACUUCAUCAAAUCGAGGCUUUGGUUGAAGCAGGAGUGACACAGGUGAUAUUGGCCGUGUCAUAUAGGGCAGAAGAUAUGGAAAAAGAGUUGACAGAACAAGUUUCUAAGCUUGGUGUUUCUCUCACAUUCUCCCACGAAACUGAACCAUUGGGCACCGCUGGGCCUCUUGCAUUAGCCCGGGAACUACUGAGUGCAAGUCCUGAGCCUUUCUUUGUGUUGAAUUCUGAUGUGAUAUGUGACUUCCCAUUCAAAGAACUUGCCAAGUUCCACAGAAGCCAUGGAAAGGAGGGCACUAUAGUAGUAACAAAAGUGGAAGAACCAUCAAAGUAUGGAGUUGUUGUUUACAAAGAAGAUGGCCAGAUUGAAAGUUUUGUUGAAAAACCACAAGAGUUUAUUUCAAAUAAGAUCAAUGCUGGAAUGUACAUUUUGAACCCUUCGGUAUUAAGUAGAAUAGAAUUGAGACCGAUGUCUAUUGAAAAGGAAGUGUUUCCCUUCAUGGCAACUGAUGGGCAGCUGUUUGCCAUGGAAUUGCAAGGUUUCUGGAUGGAUGUAGGACAACCCAAAGACUUUUUAACAGGAAUGUGCUUGUACCUCACGAGCUUGCGGCAAAAGAACUCGAAUAAGUUAUAUGACGGCCCUGGAGUGGUCGGCAACGUCCUCAUAGAUCCUACAGCCACCAUCGGGAAGGGCUGCAGGAUAGGACCCAAUGUCACCAUCGGACCAGACGUUGUUAUUGAAGACGGCGCUUGCAUCAAACGCAGCACGAUACUUCGCGGUGCAUGCGUCCGUCAACACGCCUGGCUUGACGGCUGCAUCGUGGGCUGGCGCUCGGUUGUGGGUCGUUGGGUGCGAAUGGAAAACUGCACGGUCCUCGGCGAAGAUGUCAUAGUGAAAGAUGAGUUGUACGUGAACGGAGGGCAAGUGUUGCCACACAAAUCCAUCGCCCUCUCCGUACCAGAGCCACAAAUCAUCAUGUAAAAGACUGAGUGGUAAUAUGCAUAGUAGAAGCUAGUUUUUUAUUAUUAUAGUACAUUUUCCUGCUGGAUUUGGCAGCCUGAAGAAAUUAACUAUUUUUAUUUUAAUGUAUGUGACAGAACGGUUUGCUUUGUCGCAUACCUAAUCGGAUUUUACGCGCUCUGAUACUAAGUAUCCGGCUCCGGUAAAUUUGUAUUGGUACGUGUGUUCGAUAAGAAGGCCUUUGCGUCCAUCCGGAUGCCCAGCAAUAACACUGCGUCAUAUUGUUUGCGUGAAUAAGUGAACCACUUAGAUAUAUGAUUAUCAUAGAUAGUUGUUCCUUAAAGAUAUUGUAACAAUUUUAUUUUCCUUAUAAGUAUUUAUUAUUCAAACGUCUAUCUAUAUCCAAUUGAAAAAUACCAAUUUAGUGACAUUAGUCACUUGUAAAAUUGAUAAUUAAUCUAACCGUCUUUGUAAUAUUUAUACUAAUCGGUUAUAUUGAUCUAAAUUAUAAAUAUGAUUACAUCCGUAUGAUAACAAUUAAUUAAUAGUUAAUUUUAUGUAAAGACCUGUAUACCUAUUUGUUAUAAUGUAUUAAUUAUAUUGAUAUAUAUUUCGUAUUACCUACGAUUUAACAAACGAAUGGAAUCGAAAUGUUGUUAUUUUUAUGUUCAGAAGAUUUAUUUUUUCUAAUUAUAAAAUUUGUUUUUACUCUACGUAAUUCUUCAUGGAAACAUUCCACAUCUUUUCAUGAUUUCCUUUUUUUAUUUGAUUCUUUAACAAAGCUAUAUUUACGAAUCCCUAUGAUUCCGAAUUUUGAUGAGAAUGUACAAUGUGUAUCAGAUUAAUAUUUGAGUAAAAGCUGUAUAUAAUUGAAAGCUUUGCAAUCUGUACAUAUAUAUAGAUGUAGCGGCACCUACACUCGCUACCAAAUAAUAUAAUAAGCAUUAUUAGUAAAUGAAAAUAAUGACUUAUAACUAUAACAGCGUACAAUGUGGAAAUGUACUGCCAUUUUUACACCAAAUCCUUUAGGAUAAGAUUUUAUCGCCAGUGUAAACAAUUUUUGAGUAUAGAAUAUAAAACUCUUAAUACCUGUAUAACAUAAAUUAUAAAAAUAAGGCAAUACAAAAAUGUUAAUUAAAAUA